ACGGUCCGGUUCCGCGUGCCUCUCGAACGAGACGAGCCAUCAGUCCGUAGCGACGCGUCCCCGGGGCAAGUCGCUACACAAUGUUGUCACGUUGUUUGUCAGGUUUUCGUCUGGAUGCCAUGGUGUAUCAUGGAUUCGCGAUACUCGUUUUGUUUUCUGUUCUCCUCGUGUCGUGUCCUGUUACCUGUCAAGAGACGUUAACGAAUCGGAUGCGUGUAAUCAGCGAGGAUCUGGACCGGCAGCUAAACGGAAUCAUGGCCUUGCAAGCUCUCAACUACACGACGAUGAACACAACUGGACUGCCAUACAACGCCACCACGAAGUUCAACCCCAAGGGCAUGGGCCAGCUGUACAACGUGACCAACACGUUCAUCGACUUCGUGCAGAGCAAACAAGCAUAUCCAGAGGGAAUGUUUAGCGUUAUAGAUGGAAUACCAGCAUUCCAGUACACCCUGUCCGAAUGGAGGAUCAUCGUGACUCAUUACGGUGGUCUGGCAGGUCUAGCUUUCGUUGGUCUUCUGUUGGCGGCGAUUUUACCCUGCGUCGGAUUAUUCUUCUGUUGCUGCAGAUGCGCUGGCCAUUGCGGUGCUAGGAGUCAACCGUUCGACAAGAAACACGAUCAUUGUAGAAAAGUGUUACUGAGUAUGGUGCUGAUCGCAGUGGCUACUAUUAUAUUGUUUGGCGUAGUCUGUGCGUUCGUGACGAACGAGUACAUGCAAGAUGGCACCAAGGAACUACCGAGCAACGUCAAGACCAGCCUGAAGGACGUGAAACUAUACCUAAGCACCACCAAGCAGGAGAUCAAUAAUCUUCUCAAAACUAAUUUCGACGAACUCGAAAUUAAUUUAAACAACAUCCUGCAAGCGAGUGGCCGAAUCGUGACUGAACAGCUUGCCGAAUAUUCCCAUGCAGUCUCUUUGACUAAUCUCAGCGACAUUGUAGCUGGAUUAGAGUCCAUCAAGGAAGACUUGAAGACCAUGCAUACAAUCACGAGGGAUUUAAGGACGAAUGCUAGUCAAUUAGACAUUGUGGUACGAGGCGUUAAAAACAAUCUUCUUCACACGCUCGCCGCAUGCAAGACCCAACAUUGCAAACAGGUGUUGAACGACUACAAAGUGAAUCAAAUGUCUGUUCAAGUCGACUUCGACAAGUACAUGGACCGAUAUUUCCCGAAGUUGCCAAACGUCACUUCGGCGUUGCACAACAUCACCAUGUUGAUGAAAGGUAACAUCGUGUCAGAAGUCAGCCAGGGUAAAGAAUCAUUCCUGAAGAUACAGAAGGAUAUUCAGCACGCGGUGAAUCAAACCAUUCCUGUAGUCAGCGCAAGUAUUAGAAGAGCCGGAGUCUUUUUAACCGAUCUGGCUGAUAACAUGACGAUGCUUAUUGACAGAAUAAACGUUGACAUCGAUAAAAUUUAUAUUAAGAACAUGGAUGUUGUUCGAACACACAUUGAUCAAUAUGCGCCAUACAGGUACUAUCUGGGUCUUGGGAUAUCGGGAAUUCUAUUGACCGUUUUAAUGUGUCUGACAUUUGGUCUGUUCUGUGGAAUUUGUGGAAAACGACCUGAUGGUUACGGCGACGACUGCUGCAACAAAGGAUCAGGUGCACGAUUUCUGAUGAUGGCUGUUUGGAUUAUAUUCCUUUUAACGAGCGUUCUAAUGGUAAUCACCGUUGCACACAUGGUUACCGGUGUCCUGGUUCAACGAGCGAUCUGCGAGCCUUUGAAGAAUCCUCAAGACAACCGAAUGUUCGCUCUACUCGACGGAACUGUUCAGAUAAAAAAGUUACUGUAUCGUAAUAAUCCGAAUGCCGACAUAAACAUGAGCUAUAUUCUCACAAACUGCCACCGAAACGAGUCGUUGUACAAGGUGUUGAAGUUGAACAAUCUGUUCGACGUGGACACAUUGCGCGAAUACACUGGCCGUUACGAUAUCAAUAACACCAUCCAACAAUUACGUCGUAAAAUUAGUUUAUCACCGGGUGUGGUGAUUCUCACGGACAGCGCCAAAUCGAAGUUGAACGAUCUCGCGCAGAGCGGUCUCAGCGACAUCAAAUUUUAUCAAUACGCAGAGAUCCUUGCCGACAAUAUCACCAACAUCAACUUAGAACAUUUGGCAAGACAGUUAUGGGAGGUCUCUGCCAAAUUACCCGAAGGACAAGAGGACAUUCGAGUCAGUUUGGAGAAAAAUGCAAUGGACCUGGAACAUUAUCAUAGAGAUUUGGUAGUGCCAAUGUCAACGCUCAGCGAACAGUUAGCCACGAAGGCUUUGGCUCUCGAAGAGAAGAUAAAGUUUAAUCAUAGUUCGAUGGCGGAUGCCAUUCACGACCUCGUUGACGAAGUUACGAAAGCUCAGCAGUUCCUCAACAAAGACGGUCCAGAAUACGUGCAAUAUCUAGCAACUAGAUUUGGAAACGCUUUUCUUCGUCAAGUCGAUGACUUCCUCGAGCGAGUGAUCGAUCACGCGCUAUUUCACAUCGGCAAAUGCGCCCCUGUUUCAAACGCGUACAAUGCCACGUUAGUCGCAGGCUGUAACAGGAUUUUAGAUCCGUUUAACGGUUUCUGGGCAAGUGUCGGAUGGUGUUUAAUCCUUUUCAUUCCAACCAUAGUACUCUGCGUGAAGCUGAGUGCGUUAUAUCAAAAAUCGGACCCUUACCCUGGACCUUUAGUCGAAGCUGAAUAUUUGUAUGACGCGUACGCAGACAGGGAUAACAUACCCCUUACUCAUGUUCACGACAAGAAAUACGUAUCUCAUAGUAGAGACCCUUACGCCAAAUACGAAAGUUACGAUGGGCCUGCAGGAGGAUACAGCGAGCGAGAAAGGGUCAAUGAUGCCCAUCAAAGCACAUCCCAUUAUCACCAUCACUAUUCCAGAUAUUCUGAUGUAGCGCCAAAUUCAACCCCUUCGUGGCGAAGCCACGAAACUACCGCUCCCUCCAAAACUGAACCUCACAAUAAAGUCUUUAGCAUAUCGAUAGAAGCGCAAAAUUGUGAUUUUCCUAACGGUGGACCUCCUGGAUAUCAACCAGCUGCAGCUGCUCCGCCGCCUUUGAGCACAGAAUACGAAAGACCUCCUCCUUACUAUUAUUAUCCUGGGCCAGGGGACACAAAUUAGGAAACAAGUGCCGUGGCAUGCACAAAAUUAGCGCUCAGUAGCGUGGCUACCCAUAGUCUCACUCGCAGUUAUAGGAGGACACUCAGAAAGAAA